UCUCUCUGUGUCUCUCCGCAGCGCCUGAGACUCGUGAGACUCCGGUCAGAGCUACACGCUGCGCGCGCUACACGCGUCUCCCCGCAAUAAGAGGCACUAUUGAAGACUCUAUGGCCAACCACACACUGUACUAGUCAACUCAUUGUGGCGAUUCCAUCAUGAGUGAUAUAGAACAGAUGCACUUCACUUCAGUGGACUAUGCUAUUUUCGUGCUGCUCCUUGUAGCUUCAGCAGGCAUCGGCCUGUACCAUGCGUUUUCAGGGGGCCGACAGAGCACCACACGCGAGUUUCUGCUGGCUGACCGCAGCAUGAGCUGCCUGCCUGUGUCACUGUCUCUCCUUGCUACUUUCCAGUCAGCUGUAGCCAUCUUGGGAGCGCCAGCUGAAAUCUAUGCAUAUGGCACGCAGUAUUGGUUCCUAGGCUGCUCCUACUUUCUGGGCCUGCUCAUCCCAGCACACGUCUUUAUUCCCGUUUUCUACCGUCUCCAUCUUUCCAGCGCCUACCAGUAUCUGGAGCUUCGCUUCAAUAAAACUGUACGGAUAUGUGGCACUGUGACCUUCAUUUUUCAGAUGGUUAUCUACAUGGGAGUGGUGCUGUAUGCUCCUGCACUUGCAUUGAAUGCAGUAACUGGUUUUGAUCUCUGGGGGGCAGUUCUUGCAAUGGGGCUUGUGUGUACACUCUACACAACACUGGGUGGCCUGAAAGCUGUCAUUUGGACAGAUGUAUUCCAGACAAUUGUGAUGUUUGCUGGGCAGCUGGCUGUGAUUGUGGUGGGUGCCCACCAGGCAGGUGGUAUUCGUGAGGUGUGGAUGAAAGCCCAGAAUGGCAGCCGCAUCUCAGGCAUCGAACUGAAUCCUGAUCCCCUGGAGAGACACACAUUUUGGACGUUGGCUGUUGGGGGCAUCUUCCUCAUGCUGGCACUCUAUGGUGUAAACCAGGCUCAAGUCCAGAGAUACCUCAGCUCACGUUCUGAAAGAGAGGCCAUCAUGUCCUGCUAUGUGGUCUUUCCAUGCCAGCAGAUAGUCCUAGCACUGGGUUGUCUCAUGGGGCUGGUCAUGUUUGCCCGCUAUGGCGAAGACAGUCCUUUGGACAAAGGCUUUGUCCAGACCAAUGACCAGAUGGUGUUGUAUUUUGUGAUGGAUGUGCUCAGAGACCUUCCUGGUUUGCCUGGACUGUUUGUUGCUUGUCUUUUCAGUGGUGCUCUCAGCACUAUUUCAUCUGCCUUCAACUCGCUGGCGACAGUUACCAUGGAAGAUCUGAUUAAGCCCUUUUAUCCCACCAUGACAGAAGCUCGAGCUACGCUGCUAUCCAAAGUCCUCGCUCUUGGCUAUGGACUGGUGUGUUUAGCGAUGGCUUACAUCGCGUCUCUAAUGGGCUCUGUGUUACAGGCUGCACUUAGUAUUUUUGGCAUGGUCGGUGGGCCUCUUCUUGGCGUCUUCUGUCUAGGCAUGUUCUUUCCCUGGGCCAAUUCUAUCGGAGCAGUAUCUGGUUUGGUAGCAGGACUGAUAAUGGCUUUCUGGAUAGGCAUUGGUAGUUUUGUCUCCCGCAUGCAAGCAGCAAGUCCACCCUUAUUAAACACCACAAUCAUUCAUGAUACCGGCAACACAACUGCUUUCUUGACUACGCUCAUUACAUCUACUACAACAAAACCAAGGCCCACUGGAUUGCAGGCCCUCUAUUCGUUGUCCUACAUGUGGUACAGUGCUCACAACUCGGCCACAGUUGUAGUGGUAGGACUGUUGGUCAGCCUGCUCACUGGACCCUGGAAGGAGAAGGAGGUGACUCCCGGUACUGUUUACCCUGUAAUGGGAGUGCUGCUCUUUUUUCUGCCUGAGCGCUACAAAGAGAAGCUGUGCUGUGUUACUCCUCUGGAGCAGAAGUCAAAGACUCUGGAUAGGCAGACAUAUCAAAAUGGAAAAAAAGACAAUGGACUUGUCCAAUUUCAGGAUGAAGACAAGAAUGAACAGGAUUCCAAAACCUCACAAGUUUCUUGCAAGCUGGUGAACAUUGAGCAGGAGACAGCAUUGUGAUUUAAAAAUAAUAAUAGUAAUAAUAAUAAUAAUUGUACAACAUAUGCUUUUGGCCAUAAAAAAAGUUAUGAUGUCAAGGAAGGGGUAUAGAUGUUUAGUGUUUAGAUACUGUUGUACUGUUGUACUGUUUAACACCAAAUUCACAACUGGAGAUGUGUGUACUGUAUAAUAUAGUCAGUUUCCUUUAUAAAUAGAUGUGAUAUGACAACUGACCAAUCGCAACACCCUCAGUAUUUGCAAUUUUUGUAGAAACUGAAGAUGUAUAUCCAAGUGAGUAAAAGCAAAAGUGUGUUAAUAUAAUAAAGUACAUACUGUACUAAAAACAUUUCUCCCCAGACAAAAUUGUAGCUUGUUUUACUUUAUUACCUUACUAUAAAAACCUUAAUAACAACAACAAAAAAUCCGUAAGCUUUUUUUCAUUUAAAAGGAUAGUUUGGAUUUUUUUUAAGUGCCUUUAGUACAUUAAAGUAGUUCUUGAUCAUUAUAAAUUUUCCUGCUAUGCACACUGUUUGUGCAGAUUGUGCAGUUUGUCAUACAGAGCCUGGCUGUAAGGAAUCUGGGUUACAACCCUGUAACUGUAACUCUUUUCUUUCUCCAGAAAUUGGCCCAUGGUUAACUAAAAGAGUUUCCAGGUAAAGAAGAGUUAAAUUUGUACGACAUACUCUACAACUUUGAAAGAUAGCAACUUGAUUUAGCUCAUUGGGUCUCAUAUGCUAGGACUCAUACUGUAUCUUUCUAUGAGUCUAAGCUAAACUUUAAAAUGUAUUUUUUGCACAGGAUUGUUAAAUUUGGCCUUGAUUACUUACAUUAUGUUUAAUGAGAAAAAAAUCUGAACUAUCCCCUAAAUUUGUCCUAUUCCCUUAUGUCUCAAAACUAUAUACUGUUUAAACAUAAAGCACAAAAGGCAACUUCUGAAUUUCCCCAGUGACACACAAACCCAGUUUUAUGCAAAGUUCCCUUUGUUCAGGUGUGCAGCAUAUGGAAUUUGUACAUUAAGACAUGAUAAAUGUAAGUGUGAUAUUUUUUUUGUCUGGGGAACAUAAAAUUGUCUGUACUGCUGAUUUUAGUUAUCAUUAAUUUUAUACGUCGCUACAGAGCAUCUUAGUGUCUAAAUUACUUGAGAAACUUUAGGCUUGAUAAUCUUUGAAAUGCUGGCAAAUCCAGAAAAGACGUUUUGAGCUGAAAGAUGCUGCUGCUAAAGGAAUUCACUAUUAAUUGCAUUUAUUUAAUGUCACUGCAACAAUUAAUUGAUUUAUUGUUUAUCUCCACACAUUAGCGAACAUAACACAUCCUCAUAUGAGGGGAAUUCGAAGUUCAAAUCAGGACUAGUGAUAAAAUUUGUGGUAAAUAAAGGGUAAAGGGGCAUUUACAGAAAACUUCAAAACACAAUAUGGUGAGAGGACUCUUAGCCGCAGUAAAACAUUUUAAUGGUGCAAAAGUUUUAAAGAAGACCAUACGUCUGUGAACGCCAAUCCCGGCCCAGGAGGCUUAAAG